UAGGGUUUUGUUCUUGUUUCUUUGAUUUUCCUUUUACAUAUAUAAAUAUAUAACAAGGUCCGAGUCUGAUCAACAAUUUGGAUUGUUCUAGGGAUUGGAUCUCAUCAUGGACUCUGAAGCCACCAUCUCCAAGAAACUCAAACAAAAUCAGGCCUGUGACCCUGGGAGCUCUGCUAGUUUAGCAGGCUCUUUAGAUAGUUUUGAGCCCCUCAAGAGUUCAGGAUCAACCAAUUCGAUUGCUCUCAAAAGUUCCAAUGAGUCGUCAGGUAUUAAUGACGAUGAAAUGUACAUUGAAGACGAUUGUGGUGAUGAAGACGAUGAUGACGAAUUUGAUUUUGAUGACAAUUAUCUGUCUGAUGACGCUUAUUCGACUCUCGAAUCUCAAUUUGACAAUGUAGAUUUGCCUCCUGGGGUGGAAGCCUCACUUCCCUGGUUGAAGGAUCCUUCUCCAAGUGAAAACACCCCAUCCACUAAGAAGUUAACUAUUUCUGAUGCACCAUUUGUAACUGGAUCUGCAUCUGGUUCAAUGAGUACAUCUGCUGCAUGUAGUUCAGCUGGUCCUUCUGAGUCAAGUUCUAGUAAGAACGUACAACACAGCAAUGAUGAUAGUCUCACCCAAAAAUUUCAACAAUUUAAGCAAUUUGAUGUUGUCGAGGAUUUCUCGGAUCAUCACUAUAGUCGCAUGGGAUUCUCAGAUGAGCAGCCACCCAAGAAUUGGGCAAAGAGAAUUCAGGAAGAGUGGAAAAUUUUGGAGAAUGACUUGCCUGACACUAUAUUUGUCCGGGUUUAUGAAGCAAGAAUGGAGCUUCUACGGGCGGUGAUUAUAGGACCAACAGGCACUCCAUACCAUGAUGGUCUUUUUGUCUUUGAUUGUCUCUUCCCCACUGACUAUCCUAAUUCACCACCUAUGGUGUACUACUAUUCUGGUGGUCUUCGGCUAAAUCCAAAUUUAUACGAAUGUGGGAAAGUUUGUCUUAGUCUUUUAGGCACGUGGAGCGGUAAGCAGAGAGAGAACUGGAUACCUGGGGAAUCAACAAUGCUACAAGUUUUGGUCUCUAUACAAGCUCUUAUUCUGAAUGCAGACCCCUAUUUCAAUGAGCCUGGGUAUGAGAAAACGUCUACUACAGUAGAAGGGCAAAAGCAAUCCAGGAAGUACAGUGAGGAGGCCUUUAUUAUGUCUCUGAAGACAAUGAUGUAUACACUAAGGAAGCCACCUAAGUAUUUUGAGGACUUUGUCUCGGGACAUUUUCGCAAUCGUGCACAUAAUAUUCUGGAAGCAUGUAAGGCAUAUUCUGAGGGUACAGUGGUAGGCUCUGCUAUUGGAGAUGCAGUGCAGAAUGGAGUUGACAGUAGCUCAAGAGAAUUUAAGUCAUCUGUGGCUAGGAUGAUGAAUACACUUGUUACACAUUUCACCAGAAAUGGAUCAACAGACUGUGAGCAGUUUCGAGGUGCAGCUUAAAACACACAUUUGACUAGCUGACUUGAAUGGGAUUGGGAAGGUAAAUAAGAGAAUUAACGAUGGAUUAGCAUGCUGGAAUGGAUUUGAAUUUCUAGGACUGGAUUUUUGGUGUUCUGUAAAACUGAUAUUAUGGAAUUGGGUAGCUGGAUUUCUGUUGUUUCUAUUUCACUAGCUUUUUCACCUCAAUGUAUUAUAGUAGGAUGACAUGGAUGAUUUUCAGCUUCUAUCAAUUUUAUGUGGCUACAUUUCUGCUUAGU